UUCCUGCGACAUGAAAGGAGGCCCUACCCAGCACGACGACGCGGGCCGCUAUUUAAGCUUUAUGCGUAUCUGCAACAACAACUAGCGGGGACGUCGACUUGGACAAAAGGCGUGUUGAUUAGAGGCAUCGUGCAAUCUUGUCAUAUGUCGGGGAAAGUAUUGCGUGGAUUGUAGUCAUGCGGGCGGCUGUACGUGUUAGGAGAUCUGUAUUUUUCCCGAUGAGGAAACCAUGAUCGCCUCCCAGGAGAUGUUAAUGAAUGAGCUAUAAAAAAUAACCCAGAAGGCCGGUGAGAUCUCAGGGGGGGUCCCACACAAACGUCCCGCCCGCCCCAGCUCCCUGGAUCACGGCGUCAGCAUGUCCACGGCCAUGGACCACAGCCCCACCACCGGGGUGGUGACGGUCAUCGUCACCCUCAUCGCCAUCGCUGCCCUGGGCGCCCUGAUCCUGGGCUGCUGGUGUUACUUGCACCUGCAACGCAUUGGGCAGCCUGAGGACGAGGAGAGCAUCGUGGGCGAGGGCGAGUCUAAGGAGCCCUUCCUGCUGGUGCAGUACUCCGCCAAAGGCCCGCGGGUGGAGCACAAGACCAAGCUGACCCCAAACGGCACUGAAACCCACAGUUAGCACGUGUGCACGAACCCCCGCGUACCACCUCCCAAUCUGCAGUCCUUUCCUACUCUACAUCUCCAAUAAAACUGCAGUAUUGAUGCAAAUCGAAUCAAUCUAAAUGGCCUUCGCUCCAGAAGGAAGCAGCAAGCUUCCAAAGUAGAGGAAGCACUUAAACACUGGAUCAACUCUGCCUUGAGUAAUCAACACCUUUGCCGUUUUCUGUUUAUAGCAAUCAUUUGUGUUUGGCAUAGUCUGUGAAAAUAUGUUUAAACUAUUGAUACUAUUGUUACCCUUUGACCGUUCUGAAUAUUGUACAUCUCAGUAAACGUGAUGGACCAUCAGAAGUUUUAUUCCAGUGACGAGCAGUCAGACUCCUGCCCCAGGAUCUUCUUCCGAGGAGUGCCAACUAAUCGUGGAUGUUGUACAUUUGCCUUGUAUGUUGAUAUGAUGACGAUGUUGCUGUUACUGCCCUGUGUAACCUGUGCUGGCAUGCAGAUCAUCAGGGCCCACCCCACCCCCUUCCGCACGAACGUACUGGUUUGGUUUAUUAGAAUGGCUGCCUUUAUGAGGAAAAGUGGGAGGAGUCUCACUGGAGGAGGGAGCCUAUGACUGAUGUCCAGGACGAUGUCGCCCUGGAGCAUCCCGAAGGUCUUCAGUCCUCAGUUUGUCUGUGACCUCACCCUUGCCUGUUUAAUCUCUACAGUCCUUUAAGAUUCUGCACUUUUUUCCCUUUACAAUUUGUAAGCUUGAUUUAUGAGAUGAGAACUUCCUUUAUUUGAUUUUGUGAAGUAUGUUGAUUUUUUUUGAUGGCUGUUUAAGGAACUGUGAAAUAUGCAUAUUCAUUAAUUAAAUUAGUUGGGGAAAACCCUGGAAUGAAA